UCUUUUUUUUUUUUAAAUAAAGUUUUCUUCGUUUGUACUUGACCCCCCCCUCCCCCUCCCUGAUCUAGUCAACAUGGCCGGCGUGGGGUACCUCGGAUUGAGAAACGCAAUAAAAUGUUUAAAACGCGCCCGCAGUACAGCAAGCUUACAGCAUUACUCUGCCAGCGCGGCCGCUGCGCCCCACUAUCCUGGCAUCGUGGAGUCCACAGACGAGUUCCGAUUCGUGGAGAGGCUGAUCCCCCCCUCCCGGGUUCCAGAGCCCCCCAAACACCAGCAGUACCCCACACCCAGCGGCUGGACACCCCCCUCAGCGGAGCCCCCCCCGCUCCCGUACACGGUGAGACGUUCCCGCAUGCACAACAUUCCCGUCUACACCGACAUCACCCACGGCAACCGCAAGAUGACCGUCAUCCGCAAGAUCAGUGGAGACAUCUGGGCUCUGGAACAGGAAGUGAAGUCGUAUCUGACGCAGCUGACGGGGAAGUGCCCGCCCACUCAGGUCAACGAGGUCACCAUGAGCAUCCGGGUGAAAGGUUACUACGACACAGAGCUGAAAGCCUGGCUGACUGAGAAGGGCUUCUGAGGAGAACAGAGGGAGGAGAGAGAGAGAGAGGGAGGAAGAGAAGGUGGGGCCAGCCCAGUUGAAAGGUCACGCUGUCACAUGGAAGGCUGUUGUUUUGGGGCCCGGAUCUCCAGGCAAGCCCACAGACCGGUAGACAGAGAAGAAACUCUGGAAAAAUAAACUUUAGAAAACUUAACAGGGCUGGGAACGAGACUCCCGCUGCACAGCAGUGUGAUCCAGUCCUGGUUUCACUGGGAGUUUAAUAAUCAGACACACCUGAGCUUGUUAGCUAGACACACUGGGGGCUGAUCAAGCUGGUAGCAGUGAAACCUGGACUGGAUCACACUGCUGUGCAAUAGGAGUCUGAUUCCCAGCCCUGCUGGUUUGAUCCCAGCAUAGCAGUUUGAUCCAUUCCUGGUUUUACUUAGAGUUUGACACUCCUGAGCUUGUUAGCUAGACACACUGGGGGCUGAUCAAGCUGGUAGCAGUGAAACCUGGACUGGAUCACACUGCUGUGCAAUAGGAGUCUGAUUUCUGUCUCUGUGCUUUUUCUGUUAAAAUAAUGAACUAUUUGUCAACUCCAGAACUGUGCUGUCUUUACAAAGCAAAUAAAUGAAAACAAAAUGCAAAUAAAACGAUGGUCUUUAUUUAUCAAUAUAUAAAAAAGCAUUAAACGUCUUAUCCACAAAUACAAACAACUGCUGAACUUAGAAAUUCUAGAAGAAACUCAAUUCAACGGCAAACGUUUCCGCUGCGUUGGUCGUUGAAUUUAUCAAGUUUCUUUCAGCAUUUCUAAACGUACAUUCAUAAGUCCAAAAUCGCUCGAC